CAGAACAGACUCAGAAACGAGAAACGCAGUGGAACAUCUGCUAACAGAUCACUGCACGUUUAUGUGCUGAUAUAGGUUAGCGGUGUAUGGUAGGGUAAAGCAAGACUUUUUACAUCUUAAUUGUGUAGCAUCCUAUGCGGAAUGUCCACCGUUUAUUUGAAUUCAAAAUGAAAAAGAUAUUUGCUGUCAUCUUCCAGUAGAUUAAGUUCUCAGUGAUUUAGAAACCCAACGUUUUUAAGGACACAAAAGUGUGAUUUUGAGCACACAUAAGUUGUGUAUCCCUGGAAUUCAGCGUCUUGGGCAUGGCUUUGAACACUGAUGCCAGCGUUCCCACUGCUGCCACUGGUGCAGAAGAAGAAGAACAGCAACAGCAACAACCAGAGCCAGGGACCAAUCAACAACCAGGCAUAGAGUCUGACCACACCCUAAACUCCUCUCAGCCAGUUAAGAAUGAGCAACAAGAUCCACCCCCCACCACAACACCCACUCCUGCCUUAGACCCUGUCCCACCACAGGAAGCCCCACCUAGAGAUCACCUGACAGUCAUUGAUGAGAAGAUGGAAACAAGUAAUGGUGUUUGCUCUGCUCCUGUCGACAGUUCUCCGCUAGCUUCCUCUCCUCCUCGCCAGCAGCAUGCCAAGCCUAACCACGGGCAUGCUAAUGGACGUGCUAGGCUGAACAGUCGCUCUGGGUCAGUGAGUCAAGUGGGGUCACCUCGACCAUCGCUCACCAGAAAGCCCAGCGCAGCCACUGAUGAAGGAGGAGAUGGCUCCAAACCCAACGAUUAUCUAAUAUGGGCUAUUCUGGCCUGCCUCUGCCCUGUCUGGCCAAUCAACAUUGUCGGCUUGACCUUCUCAGUGAUGUCUCGUAACAGUCUACAGCAGGGGAAUGUGGAUGGUGCCCGCCGUCUUGGGCGGAAUGCAAAGAUCCUGUCAAUCGUGUCAUUGGUGGGUGGGAUUAUCAUCAUUAUUGUUACCAUUGUCAUCAACUGGGGUGUAAUUCUUAAGACCUGACGGUCGUCAUGAUCAAGGAGAAUUCACAACUUACCUUCACAAUUAUCAACCAAUCCAUGAUGACCAUUUUGUUCCUCCAUGUGUCAUAUGUUACUAUACAUCGCCUGAGCUCCUGAAUGCUUUUUCAUUUGUUUUAUACUCAGUCUCAAGACUCUGAAGCUGGACAUUACCUUUAUCUUCUAUCAUGCCAGAACUAUCAGAAACAAGAUGGACUAUUUGAAUGCCUGGGAUCACGACUGAAGUGGCAAGGCGUGCAUGUGUGUGUGUGGUUUUUUUUCACACAAAGGACUCAUCAUUGUAGAUGAUGUGAGUGAGGAGACAACAAGAAUGAUCUAAUUUCAUUAGUCACGUACCCUUUGAGGAUGAGGAGGAAAAGAAUAAAAGCGAAUGAAGGAGAUGGACAGGGUAAAAUUUUUUGAAAACUUCAUUGAUGAUUUCCUUCUUAGCCAAGAAUGUACAAGAUCAGAUUAAUACCCCUGUGUUCUUAAAGGUGUAAAUCCAUAAAGAAGUGCAGGUUAACACACCAAUAAGCAAAAAUGCUGUGUAUCGGAGACUCCUACAGAGAGAGGGAGGGAGAGAUGAAAACAAAGUGGGAGGGGCCGAAGCUAAGCCGCAGUCUUUUGUUUUACACAACUCGAGGGAUAGAGAGAGAGAGUUAGGGCAGGAGGGGGGCUGGCUUCUGAUGAAAAGAUACCCCAGAGAUGGGGAGAUGGAGGGAAUGCAGUAGUUUUGAGAGGCAUCUGAGCUGGUUCUGAUUGGCUGAUUGGCUGUAUGAGGAGGCCAAUAUUGUAUUGCUUUCCAGCAUGGGCUCCCUUUUUCUUCACAGCUACAGUUUCCUUAGCAAGUUCAUUUAAGACUACUUAUUUAAAAUGAUGUUUUAGCAGUAUGUGACCACAUUUGAGUGCAAAAUUUUGAUUAGACUGUUUUGACUGUCAGUCAUGUUUUAUACCGUAAUGUUUACAACAAAUCAGAAGUAGUGAUCUACACAUUCAGCGAAAACAACAGGACAUUUUGACGAUGAUGAAUCGUUUUACACAGCCAAAAUUGUUUGUUUGCUUAGCAGAACGAUUGCAUGAAUCAUUCCUAAUCAGGCUGCACUGACUGUGCCAAAAUUCAGACUCUGCCAAGAGUCCAUAGGAAAGCUCUUUUCCAGCUUAGGUGGGUAUGUGUGUGACAGAGACAGUAAAUGAGAAUACGAAUGUGUGUAUUUUUGUUAGACUGAUCUCAUGGAAUUAUUAUUAUUAUUAUUAUUUUUGCUAAAUUAUUUUACGUGGUCCCUUACAGGUAUUGCGGCAGAUUAAGGGUGAAAUGUCUGUGUUAAAUUUCCUACCAAACAGACUAAUUUUUUAAGGGUAACGCUCUGAAUUUUAAAUCAACAAAACCGACCUCCCUAUCCUAAACCUUAACCUAACUGAUAGUGUCAUUAAAAGCAAAUGUGACAUGAAAAACAGAUGAGGCUUUUAAGGUCAAUGCUCUAUAGAGUUUUAAAACAACAAAACUGACCUCCCUACCCGAAACCUUCAACCUAAACCAUACAGAGAGUGCCAUAAAUAGCAAAUGUGAGACUAAAAACAAUAGCUGAAAAAAACAUGUCAUUUUGUGGUGCUUUAAUGACACUUUCGGCUUACAUGUGGACUUGCUUUCUCUUCAGGAAUCGUACCCCAGUCCUUUGCAUCAGUUGAGCUACUGUGCGAUUUGUGGAUGAACAAGCUUAUAAAUGUAGUUUGUAAUGUAAUGCAAACAUUAAAAUGUAUCGCCUUACAAGUCAUGCACUAUAGUUAAAGUGUUUAAAUGUCAUAAGAGAGCACUGUGUGAGGAACAGAGCAAAAAGUAAGUGUUUAUGAACUCGUUUUACUCACGAUUUGUGGGAAAAGAAAUAAAAGUUGUUGUUUUAGCGCCUCUGUUGUUAAUUUCCCCAGGAAACUGCUGAGGUACUGUGCAUAUAACGAGCCACAUAAAAAUUAUUUUACAAAAAUGCAGGUGUAGUAACAUUGUUCUAUGAGAGCAGGUUGCUUUUUGUGGAAGGCACAUUUGGCAUUGUUUUUUUUGUUUUUGUUUACAGAUAACAUCUCAAAUUCCCUAUUUCUCUAAUUUUCAUGCCUUCGUGUUGCUUGCAUAUGUGAGGUUUCUCAGUUUUAGUGAUGUUUUACUGAUGUGCAGCUUUUUUACCUUUUAAACUCAUCGAUUUAGGCAUUCUGCAACUAUCUGAAGUCAAGUAUUCUUUUUUUUUUUUUUUUUGAAAGGUAAAACCUUUGGUCUGUAGCACUUUGUAAAUGUUCAGUAUCUAAAGCAACUAAUUCAGUAUAUUGUUAAGCACGCUAACUCAGGUUGGGCAGUAAGGCGCCCCCAUUUUUGGGCUUGUAGUGGGUUUGGCUUGUGUGAAAGGAAGGGUUAAAAUUGUCUUUUUGAUACAUUUCAGUUCUGCUCACUCCACGACCCCAACAUUCAAACAUGAAUGACUGUAGCAUGCACAUUUUAUCAGCUUUGAUACAAACUGUAUGCAGUCAAUGAAUGCCAGCUUGACUUUUCAUUCUAUUGAAUUGUUCUGCUCAGCUAUUUACAUUUAACCUGCUUACACUGCUGAAAUGGAUGAUUGUUUAUACGUAUAUAUAUGUAUAUAUAUGUGUAUGUACAAAUUUGUACUGCUUCCUACUGCAUCUGCUAAUCUCUUCGAUGGACAUGAACAGUGUUCGAAAUGCAAAUCUUGACUGUUUACACUACAGUGCUUUCACACAUUUUAUCACAUUUAAGUCUUUUUAUUGGUAUGUAUUUUUAAACAUUGUUUUGUAUAUUCCAUUUGUGUUUUGCUAGUUUGUUUCUUAAGACUUUGACCUUAGUCGCAUGUUUACAUACUGAUUAUAGAAUUCCAAUUCUGCACAAUAUAAUGCUAUAAAAUAAUAUUUCAAAGACUCCAGCCGAAUCCAGUUCUCUGGGUUAAAAGUUCUAUAUACCUUUUUGUGUUUAUAAAAUAUACCCUCAAAUCCAAUACCAUUUUGGUGAAAGCACCUGUGCUAGUCAAGACUUUUCCUCUGUGAACUCAAUUGUCUUCUUGAGAUUUGAUAUAAGAAGCAUUAUGAUAACUCUUCUUGCUAAUGUAAUCCUGAUUUUGUGCAGAUCUGCCUGUGCAUGCCUCAAUUAAUUGUUUGGAGCAACAAUAUGUGAUGUACACUCUAUCUGAAGCGAGGCGUUUGAUAGAUCUCACAGUAUUGAUCCUUAUUCUGCUCUGUACUGAUACUGAUUAUGCAUUACUGUGACCAAUGAAUAAAUGGUCUCACAU